AUGCUGAGAAAAGAAAAGCUGGCCCUUGAGAAAUGGUUUCCAGGCUUUGCUAGGAUUUGGAGACUCACUGGUUUAUGGUUGAAAAAGUUUUGGAUUUUGUUCAAUUGGGUGGCCUGUGCAACUUCUGAAGGAAUAAAUCUGGUGAAGCUUUUUCUCUAUGUUGAGUUAUGUCUAAAAUUCUCACAAGUGGUUAUACUUUAUGGAAUUUGCAAUAUCACCAAAACUCUUUCAUCAGUGCAUGAGUUGGUUCUAAUGGCAAAUAGACACCAUUCCUCAGUGUUUUUGGUGUUGGUUACUAUUUUACUUUCUAUCCCUUACUCAGAGCAAUUACAAUCUUCUCACUCUCAGACUCUUCUCAGAAUUCAGCAGCUAUUGAACUUUCCUGCUGCUUUGAGCAACUGGAAUAACGACACAGAUUUUUGCAACACAGAUUCAAACUCUUCCCUCACCAUUGUGUGCUACGAAGACUCCAUAACACAGCUUCACAUAAUAGGGGAAAGAAGAGAUUCACCACUCCCUAGAAAUUUCUCAAUAAAUUCCUUUGUCACAACACUAGUAAGGCUUCCCAGUUUGAAAGUCCUCACAUUGGUUUCUCUGGGUAUUUGGGGUCCUUUGCCUGAUAAGAUAGCACGUUUGUCAUCUCUGGAAAUAGUUAACAUGAGUUCCAAUUUUCUCUAUGGUUCCAUUCCUCAGGAACUGUCAUCACUGAAAAAUCUCCAAACACUCAUUUUUGACAACAACAUGCUGGCUGAAACAUUUCCUCCUUGGCUUGAUUCAAUUCCAACCUUAACUGUGCUAAGUUUGAAGAAUAAUUUGUUCAAUGGGUCUCUACCGAAUUCCCUUGGUAAUGUGGAGAAUUUAAGAACUCUUUCACUUUCUCAUAAUCACUUUUAUGGGGUAGUGCCUGAUUUGAGUCGUUUGACGAAUCUUCAAGUGCUUGAAUUGGAUGAUAAUGCUUUUGGACCUCAGUUUCCCCAACUUGGUAACAAGUUGGUUACACUAGUGCUAAGAAACAAUAGGUUCAGGGAUGGUAUUCCUACUGAAUUGAGCUCAUACUAUCAACUUGAACGUUUGGAUAUAUCGUCAAAUGCAUUUGUGGGGCCAUUUCAGCCAGGAUUGUUCUCACUUCCUUCUAUUACUUAUCUGAAUAUUUCUGGUAACAAAUUAACUGGGAUGCUUUUCGAGAAUGUGUCUUGCAAUUCAGAGCUUGAUGUAGUGGAUUUAUCCUCAAAUCUGUUGAGUGGGAGCUUACCUAAAUGUUUAGUGUCAAAUUCCAGUGAUAGGACUUUCCUGUAUGCUAGAAAUUGUCUAGACACUGUGAAUCAAAAUCAGCAGCCGCAGCCUUUUUGCCACACUGAGGCUUUAGCUGUGGGAAUAUUACCUGAGAUAAAGAGGCACAAACAAGUAUCGAAGGUAGUUCUUUCCCUUGGUAUAGUAGGUGGGACACUUGGAGGAGUAGCACUUGUUUUGCUAAUUUUCUUUAUUGUUAGAAGAGGAAAUGCUAGAAGCAAAAUGAAGAAUCCUCCAACAAGAUUAAUAUCAGAGAAUGCUGCUUCUGGUUACACUUCUAAGUUGCUUUCUGAUGCAAGAUAUAUAUCUCAAACAAAGAAGUUGGGAGCAGUUGGCUUGCCAACUUAUCGAAGUUUCUCAUUGGAAGAGAUUGAGGCAGCUACAAACUACUUUCACACAUCUUCUUUAAUGGGUGAAGAUUCUUAUGGGAAGAUGUACAGAGGUCAGCUGAAGAAUGGUUCGGUUGUUGCUAUUCGAUGCGUAGAAAUGAAAAAGAAAUACAGCACUCAAAACUUUGUGAACCACAUAGAGCUGAUAUCAAAACUAAGGCAUCGUCAUUUGGUCAGCGCUAUUGGACACUGCUUUGAAUGUUCUUUGGAUGAUUCAAGUGUCAACAAAGUAUUUCUUGUCUUUGAAUACGUACCAAACGGCACGCUCAGGAAUUGGAUAUCUGAUGAGAAUGCUAGAAAAUGCUUGAGUUGGACCCAACGCAUUGGAGCUGCCAUUGGAGUGGCAAAGGGAAUCCAGUUUCUGCAUACAGGGAUUGUCCCUGGUGUAUAUUCCAACGAUCUCAAGAUAGAAGAUGUUUUAUUGGAUCAGAAUCUUGUGGCAAAAAUCAGCAGUUAUCACCUGCCUUUGUUAUCUAACAUGGGGAAGGUUCGACAUGGAAAUUCUUCAAGUGGAUUAAAAAAUUCUAGCAAUAAGAAAAGUGUAAAGCAUGAAGAUAAGUCUGAUAUAUACGACCUUGGAGUGAUACUACUCGAACUCAUUCUAGGAAGGAAAAUAAAGACAGUGAAUGAUGCAGACGCUUUUAGGGAUCUGUUGCAAGCAAGCUUAGGAGCUGAUGAAGAGGGUAGGAGGAGUGUUGUUGAUCCUGCAAUUCGCAAGGCAUGUUUGGAUCAAGCAUUGAAGACAAUGAUGGAGAUAUGUGUGAGGUGUCUGGUUAAGCAGCCAGAAGAUAGGCCCUCUGUAGAGGAUGUUUUGUGGAACUUGCAGUUUGCAUCUCAAGUGCAGGAUGCAUGGAGAGGGGAUUCACAAAGUAGUGAAGGGUCACCAGGCUCAGAAUCUCGUGGACUUCCCUUUCAUUAG